AUGAAUACAUUCUUCAAGAUGGAUUUAAAUGAAAAAAGCAUAAAUCAUUAUACUCAAUUUGAACGGCAACGCUCAAAAUUUACAAAAUUAGAUCGAUCAAAUAUUAAAUUGGGUGAUGAUACAAUUUUUGAAUUGAAAAGAAAUUUCCUUCAUGAUGAAAAUGAGGAGGAUUGUUCAAGAACUGAGGCAAUAGACAUUAAUAAUUCUGUGCCUGAGGCGGUAGCAAACGGACUUAGAGUGGGACAAGUUCUUGACACUAUGAAUUGUUCAGUUUUUAAUUAUUCGAUCAUUACUACAUCGACAAAGAAAUCAGCAUUCACUGGAAUCAAAACUACAUUUAAUAACAAAAGGAUUGAUUAUGGAGAAGGACAUAUGGAUAAUUGUAUUAAAAGUAUGGAUAAAAUAUUGGUUGUUAUCAAGAAAUUGUUGGAAGAAUCAAAAAUAUAUAAAUCACAAGAAGGAGGAUAUGACAUGAUUUUCACGAUUGGGAUGUAUCUGCUUCCAAUUGCCAUUAAGAUUUCGAAAUAUUUUGAAGAAUUCGACAACAUCUAUAUGGAAAUUAAUCAGUAUAAAAAUCAUGUUCCUGCAUUGAAAGAGAGGCUGAAUCAUUACCAAUUGAAGUAUGAUUUAGUAUGGGAAGAGUUUAUUACUACAAUUUGGUUAGAUGAUGAAUUUAUUACAAAGACAAUGUCAUUAGCUGGGCGAAAUUUUCAAUUACUAUCAUUAUAUCCAAAUGAAUAUCUUAGAAGAGCAGUAAAGCAGGAUUUUUUUUCAGGUUUUAAAAACGAUAAGACAUAUGAAAACUAUUUAAUACGAAAGGAAUGGGAAAAGUUGAAUUAUUUUUCUAGGGGUGUCUUAGAUACAUUAAGUUUUGAACAUGUUUGGAAAUCAAACGUCCCCACUGGCAAGGUUUCUGUAAAUGUUAGAGAGGAAAUUUUUUCAUGUGAGUCUUCCCAAGUUAUUUUACAACAUUUUGCAAUGGAAUUAAAGAAAUGUUUUGGUGCUUAUACAACAGUAUUAAAUGCAAGAUCAAGUAAGCCAAAUCAGAAACAUGCAGCUCCGAUUCCCCUUAUGAUGAAAGUUAUUGAUACAAUCAUCAAGUAUUCAAUGAAUUUUGAAACCGGCGAAGUUCUAGUUGGAUUAAAUGGUUACGUUCAACAUUGGAUUUUCAAUCAUUUUAAUGUUGUUUGUUGUAUGAUUGAGAUUUUAAAAUGGGCCAAAUCCAUGAAGGUGCAGUAUAGCCAAGAACGACAUGUCCUUAAGAAAAAACAUAGGAACAAACAAUUGAUGAAUUUUAUCUUCCGUUUCGAGGAAGAAGAGGAGUUUAUGAAUAAAAAAAUAUUUGAAGAAAGUUUAUUGAACAAUCGAUGGCGACAUGUAAAUUCUUUACUGCAACAAAUAGAGUUAUUUUGUUUAAAUUUGAGAGAGAAUUUGAAUUUAAGUGUUUAUAAAGGUGAUAAAAUACAAACACCAAACCAAAAGAUCUUGGAGAAACUUUUAAAAAGGCUUGAUCAAAAUGUGUCUACUCAUCAGAAACAAUACUAUCAGGUAUUUAAUUUCUGGUCGGGGUCGAACGAUACUGAUGAGACAUCCAAGGCUAACUAUAAGACCGAUUAUGAUGACUGCAUGUAUAAUAACAGGCCUAAUCCGUUUAGUUCUUCAGAUGCCUCUAUCGAACUCGAAGGAUCAAAAACAAAGUCCCAUCGCAAACGGGAUUUUAUCUCCCGAUUCUUUGGAAAGAACUAG